CGGUUUUAACAGGCUGUCCCUCUGUGUCCUUAGUGCCGUGAGGAAGCUGUGAAGGAGAUCACCUUUUAAAAGACCACAGACGGGGGGAAAAAAAGUCAUCCAAAAGCCCUGGGGAGGAUGUCUGUCCCUCAGCCUCCCUUGGCCCUCCCUGCUGUUACUACUGUCCAGGCAUGACAGUCACCCCAGAAAAUCACCGCAUUCAGUCUUUGACCUCCUUUGACGACGAUACCAGCCCCAGACCCUGUUUGGCACAGAUGGACGAGAUCGACCAUCCGCGAGUCAGGCUCUUCCCCGAGGACUCUGUGUCCCUGGCCUCCUCCGCAGCUGAGCCCAUCAACCUGGAAGAUGACCACUACACCAUGCUGCAAAGUGAUCUGGAGGGUGACGCUCAGGACCUGGAGGCAGAAUCUUGGAGUGUGGUCGUAGACCAGAGCUACCUCAAGGCCUUGCCUAAAGAGGCCAUCAAAAGACAAGACGUCAUCUAUGAGUUAAUCCAGACAGAGAUGCACCAUGUGCGCACCCUCAAGAUCCUGCUGUACGUCUAUAUGUACGAGCUGCGGGAGUCCCUGCAGAUGGACGAUGCCAGGCUGGAGCGGCUCUUCCCCGGCCUCAGCGUCCUGCUCGCCCUCCACCAACACUUCCUCUCCUGCCUCAAGACACGGCGCCAGCAGAACCUGGAGGCAGACAACUCCACCAACUACCAGAUAACGCAGAUUGGGGACAUACUCAUCUCGCAGUUUUCAGGAGAUAUGGGCGAGAGAAUGAAGGAGUAUUACGGGUUUUUUUGUAGCCAUCACAGCGAUGCUGUCAGUUUCUACAAAGACCAGCUGCAAAACAACAAGAAGUUUCAAAACCUCAUCAAGAAAAUGGGCCAGCUGUCCAUAGUGAGGAGGAUGGGUAUCCCUGAGUGUUUUCUAUUGGUGACCCAACGCAUCACGAAGUAUCCCGUCCUGGUGGAGCGCAUCAUACAAAACACUGAAGCUGAUACAGAGGAGUACGAGUCUCUGGUGCAGGCCUUAGCCCUGAUCAAGGAAACCCUCACCCAGGUGGAUGGACAGGUCAGCAGCCACGAGAAGGCCAUGAGGCUGAGGGAUAUCAGCCUUCGCCUGGAGCCGAAGUCGCCUGGCCGGCUAAAGGACGGCAGGCUCUUCCACAGAGAGGACCUGAUUCAAGGCCACAGGAUGCUGCUACAUGAGGCCACCGUCACCUGGAAGGCGCCAUCUGGCAGGUCUAAAGAGAUUCAUGCCGUGCUGCUGUCGGAUGUUCUCCUCCUCUUACAAGAAAAAGAUCAGAAGCUGGUGUUUGCUGUCAUGGACAACAAGCCACCGGUGAUCUCCCUCCAAAAGCUGAUCGUUCGGGAGGUGGCCCACGAGGACAAAGCCAUGUUCCUCAUCUGUGCCUCGUCCAGGAUGCCCGAGAUGUACGAGAUCCACACCAGCUCCAAGAUGGACCGCGACACCUGGAUGACCCUCGUACGAGAAGCUGUGGACAGCUGUCCAGAGGAGGAGAAGGAGCUGUAUGAAGAACAGGAGGCCAGGCUGCGGGAAUUUCAACAGCACAUCACGGCAAGGGAUGCCCAGAUUGUUCAGAGCCUGACAGAGAAGCUGCAGAUCUUUGCAGCCUUCACAGAGGCCUUGACGGGACAAGAGACCCCUCACACCGGGCUGCUGCUCCGUGGAGAUACCAGUGACCUCCAGCAGGGGGAGAUGCUUCUUAAAGGAGCCAUCACCGAAGUGGAAAACCUCCAGAACUUGCUGCUGUCUCAGAUGGGGGAUCCCGACCUGCCUGUGGAGGAGAGCCAGGAAGAGGGGACGCCACUCAAGAGGGCUGAGACCUUUGCGGGGUUUGACGGUAACAUCAGUACCAGUCCCCUGAAUAAUGGAGGCGUAUCAAGCGAUGAGGGCCGUCCUUUGGAAAGCAGUCAGCGGGCCGCCUCGGACCCCCAGCUCCAGGAACUGGACGCCUCUGAGGGCGUGGAGCUCUCUGCUGAUGAUGACACACCGAUUGCCUAUGGUAGUCAGACUCACGCUCCUUUCCCUAAGACGGAGUUCUUCGAUAAGGUGCUCAUGCUUUCAAGGAGACUGUACAGCUUACAGGCCAUCGUAGUACAGCAGGACAGCCAGAUGGAGCUGCAGCGCGCCCUGCUGGCGGAGCGUGACCGGCCCUCCCGUCACCGUGGCAAUGUGCUACUGGAGCAGGAAAAGCAGCGCAACCUGGAGAAGCACAAGGAGGAGCUGGCCAACUUCCACAAGCUGCAGGCCCAGCACCGGCAGGCCCAGCAGCGCUGGGAGAAGGAGCGGGAGCGCCAGAGGGUGGAGGCCCAGACACUGGAGGCCCAGCUGCUCCAGAGGGAGGAGGAGUGCCAGAAGCUGGAGGCUCGGCUGGCCGAGGAGCGGGCAGAGCUGGAGAGGCAGAGGGAGACCUACCAGCAGGACCUGGAGAGGCUGAGGGUGGCCACACAAACUGUAGAGAAGGAGCGACUGGAGCAGCAGCAGAAGUUUAAGAAGCACAAGACCAUCGCCAACUCGGGCAACUUAAACUACGACGAGCCAGCACAGUUCUUCCCGAUGCCACACUCGCAGUCCUUCCGAGGAGACAUUAGGAGUGGAGGUGGGAGUCUGAUCCUAAGCCCCAAGCCCCGCAUCCGGCCCCGCAUCCCCAUCACAGACCCCAGUGAAGUACCACCCACAGUGCCCCCUCGCAAGGAGAGCAUCAACCCCCUGCCGGCCAAGGCCGAGGUGCCCAUCCACCUGAUCAGCACCACCAACCAGGCCCACAAGCCCGGGGCCGUGCAACAGCAGAUUCCCACCAAACUGGCAGCCCUCGGCAAGGGCAAGGAGAAGACCUCCAAGACCAAGGGCUCCCACCAGAGGACACACAGCGCAGCAUCUAUAGACAUGAGCCAGGUGGUGCCGAUCAGAGUGACUGGGAAAGAGGGAGGGAGUCUGAGAGCCAGAAGGACUGCCAGCCCCCAAAGGAUUUAUCACACAGAUCGUUUUAAGCCACCGGGGUCCAUCUCUAAUGUCAAGCCCUCUCAGUCGUUCAGCGCACACAGGAAAAGCGAGGACCUCCCACCCGAGCCGCCCCCCUUCCCUAAAGACGUGAUCAAACCGGAGAAGGAACGCGUAAUAUUCCUUUAAGUUCGGGCCAUGGCGCCAUAGCCCCUGGGUCUCUGUAUGAGGGGUAACUCACUCGUAAAGGUGGAAAUCUGCUGUUUGAAAGGCUGCAAGUGACUUCACAGCCACCGAUGUGCAGUACAGGACUGCCAGUCGCUGUUGUGAGGCAUUACAACCAGAGCCCAAGUGUCAGAGUUUACUGACAAUGAAGGUUAAACAGAACAGAAGUGAACUGGUGACGGACACAUUUGGCCUCGCCGCCUCUGGGAUGUACAUCUGCUUGGUGUGCGCUGAGAAGAUAUUUGAGGAAAUUACGAAAAAGAGACCCGUUUUGUUCAGUCGGUCGUACAUUGGGAUGAAGUGUGGAUUAAUUUUCACCAAAACAUUGCGACAGGUUUUAGAUAUUUUAUUGUUUUUUUCUUGUAUUACCAAAGACCCUUCAUGAGAAGUGCUUUUUUACCACUUAAAAAAAAAGAAGAAAGAAAAUAUGUCUUGCCUAUAACCGUUAAGCGCUCAAGUCUUAACUCUUAACAGUUUGCUUUUUUUUAUUUUGUGGUUGCUAACUGGUGAUGUGGGGAAACUUUAUAAGUUGCCUUGUUUACAUGCGGACAGGUCUGAAGAGCCCAACACGUUUGAUUUCAGGAUGUAGAGACCACUCUUAAUCUGUUCCCUCAUUUGGUCUUUUGUAAUGUUAAAGUAAGUAAGAGGCUGUGUGGAAGAAGUAGAGUUAAGCUGCACACCUAGUAUAUAUAUAUAUAUUGGCUAAGGGGGUGUUCUGUAAAUAUUUGUCACUGUGAAAGAUUAAGACUAAUGCCAGUUCUGCUGCGGUAAUGUGUUAUGUGCACUUUUUGAUGGGACGGUCCAUGACAAAACACCGACUCUCAACAGCAUCACUGUCAGAUGAGUUAGUUUAUCACUGCUGGAUCCAGUUCAAAGGUUUGCUCCUUGUUCUGGGUCUGGAAUGAAGGUUGUCGUUAAUGUUAAGAUGGAUGCUGUUUUCUGUUGGGAAUUAAGAUGCAAACAACAUGUUGCUGUCUCCAUAGGAAAUGUCCCUCAGAGUUUUUUUUUUAGCCCCGCAGAUGAGUAAUGGAA